GUUAAAACCGUUAACCCCCGAUUCGAUAUUUUUCAUCACUUGUUAAUUUCUGUUGCAAUUGGUUCCUUCUAAAGCACAGGGUUCAACAAAACCCCCCCGUCGUCCCUGUAGGUAAGCAAAAAAAAAUUGUCAAUUAUGUUAUCUUCUUCACCUCUACUUUCGUCGAGAACUCCAACCCUAAUCCUGAAGCUACACAAUCACUUCAGUUCUGAAGUGAACCCAUCAAUUCGUCUUCUCUGGUCUACAGGUCUACACAGAAAAAACAUCAAGAACAAAGAUUCAUACGUUGCCUUAUCAGUAAACGGCAAUCUAUCAACAACACAUACAACCAAUUCGAGAAAAAAACAUAAAAAACCACUGCCGCUUUUAAGCGAGGGAAGAGACGAUGACGAUAGUUUAGGGCUUGUUUGUCCUGGUUGUGGAGUUUUUAUGCAAGAUAACGACCCAACUUUACCUGGGUAUUAUCAGAAAAAGAAGGCCGAGGUUACAGAUGUGUUCGAUGACAUUGAAGGUGAAUUACACGACGAUGAAGGUGAUGAAGGGGAAGGGGAAGGGGAAUUAGAGAGUGAAAAUGAUGACGACUUGGAUGAUGAAUUGGAUAUUGAAGAUGAACUCGAUUGGGAUUCGGAUUGGGAACCUGAUUUCGAGGAUGAUGAGGACGAUUUGAGUAAAGAGCUCAAUGGGUUUACAGCUCCGGGAGUGGGAUACGGGAACAUCACAGAGGAAGUACUCGAAAAGGGGAAGAAGAAACGGGUGUCAAAAUCGGAAAGAAAAAAGAUAGCUCGUGAAGCUCAGGUGGAAAAAGAAGAGGUAACCGUUUGUGCAAGAUGCCAUUCCUUAAGGAACUACGGACAGGUCAAGAAUCAAAAUGUGGAGAAUCUGAUUCCGGAUUUCGAUUUUGACAAACUGAUUUCCACCCGAUUGAUGAAACCCACCGGAAACGCCGAUUCCACAGUUGUCAUCAUGGUAGUCGACUGUGUAGAUUUCGAUGGCUCGUUCCCAAAACGAGCUGCUAAAUCUUUGUUCGACUCAUUACAAGGCCAAGAAGGUUUCAAGAGUAGUAAAAAGUUACCUAAACUGGUGCUUGUAGCAACAAAGGUCGAUCUUUUACCAUCUCAAAUUUCUCCAACUAGAUUAGACCGAUGGGUUCGACACCGUGCCAAGGCUCAAGGUGCACCGAGGUUAAACGGGGUCUAUUUGGUUAGUUCAAGAAAAGAUUUAGGUGUUAGAAAUUUGUUAACUUUUGUUAAGGAUUUGGCUGGACCUCGUGGACAUGUAUGGGUGAUUGGAGCUCAAAAUGCGGGUAAAUCGACUUUGAUCAAUGCACUUGCUAAAAAAGGAGGCGUAAAAGUUUCAAAACUUACCGAAGCCGCGGUUCCCGGGACCACACUUGGGAUUUUAAGGAUCGGAGGGAUAUUAUCGGCAAAAGCGAAAAUGUAUGACACACCGGGUCUCUUGCAUCCGUAUUUAAUGUCCAUGAGAUUGAAUCGAGAGGAGCAAAAAAUGGUUGAAAUACGCAAGGAAUUACGUCCGCGAACGUAUAGAAUUAAGCAAGGUCAGGCAAUACAUGUUGGUGGUUUGAUGAGACUAGACCUAAAUCAUGCAUCGGUGCAGACGAUUUAUGUGACGGUUUGGGCGUCGCCAAAUGUUUCGCUACACCUUGGUAAGAUUGAAAAUGCUGAGGAGACUUGGAACAAGCAUGCUGGUGUUAGAUUGCAGCCGCCUAUAGGUGCAGAUCGCGUGUGUGAAUUAGGGAAGUGGGAAGCGAGGGAAGUGAAGGUGUCGGGGACAAGUUGGGAUGUGAACAGUGUUGAUUUAGCGGCUGCAGGGCUUGGUUGGUUGUCAUUGGGGUUGAAAGGGGAAGCAAGUUUGAGUUUGUGGACUUUUGAUGGGAUAGAGAUAACGACUCGUGAGCCUUUGGUACUUGAUCGUGCACGGUUUCUUGAAAGGCCUGGUUUUUUGCUGCCAAAGGCUAUCUCGGAGGCUGUUGCCAAUCAAAAUAAAGUCGAGCCUCGAAAUGAAGAUGUCCUACUUUGA